CCGCCUGCCUCGUCGGAGGGCCGCGGGAGGGAGGCCCCGAGGGAGGCGGGCGCGCGUAACCGAAGGACAUGGUGACCGACUUCGAUGAGAAGCACGACGAGCACUUGGUGCUGCUGCAGCAGAGAAACAGGAUCCUGAAGGCGCUCGCAAGGAAGGAUCCCAUACAGAUCAGGCUGAAGCAGCUGGAAGAGGGCUUUACUCUGUACGUGAACGGCGCCCACUCGGAAGCGAGCCACUGCCGCGGCCGCAAGGUCAGCCCUCCGGCCCUUCUCGGGAGCGGCGCGCGACCCGCCAGGGCGAACCAUGUGAGUACCAGAGACCUGUUAAAACAAGGAGAGCAGCAAGAAAGGAGCACCCAAAGUGCACCCAGUAAAAUCCAACGCCGGGAAUGGCUCCAGAAAGCUGUGCAGAUCAAGACAGAAACUGGAUCUAGGCUCUACAUUGCCCCCCCUUCUGAGUAUUCUGAGGAUUUUGAAUCUGAUGAAAGUUUAGAUCUCCAGACAACUGACUGUGAAGAGAAUGGUACUUCCCAGGAACUCCAGCAAAGCUUGGAGUUUACCAUGACUCAAAACAAGGUGGAAGGGGAAUGUUUGGAGGACUCUGACCCAAUCGAGGAGGAUGUGCCCAUCGAAGCCUCAGCUGAAUGUCUGGGAGGGGGCACUGAGCCACUCCCUGCCAAAGUUGCUCUCUCCCCUUUGCCUGGAGCAGGCCCUGGUCUUGCUGCUGAUCCUCUUGUGUUGGAAUUCAAGUCAAACUGCCCAGGAGUUAAGAAGGAGCAAAGUCUCUCUGCAAAAAGGAAGGGCACUGCUGAAACCUACAUUCCCAUCAAACCCACGAGCCCAGUGGCUGCACCCCUGUGCCUGGAGGAACAGGAAGGAGCCCCCUCCAGACCAAUAAGCCGAUCAGAAAGACCACUCUCAGCUAUUCGAAAAAAUGUGUGUGAGAAGAAGGAUCCAGCAUAUGCUGCUUCUGUUGUCCUCAAAGCUAUGGAAGCAGAAAAUGAGACACUACAAAAGGAGCUGCUCUGUAGGCAGCUGGAGGUUUCUGCUGGCUUCACAGGUGCUGAGCUGAAGCAAGCACACUUUGCCGAGGACCAUGUGGAAUUGCAGGAGGAGGUCCGGGAUGCCAUCUAUAUUACUAUAGAGAUCCUCUCCAACUGGGGAGAUGCAGCCCGUGUGGGUCUGACAGAAGUGGAGUUCUUUGAUUUGAACUUUCAGAGAGUGUUUGUGUCGCCUCAUGAUGUAGACAUCCGGCAUGCGGAUCCACCUGGAGAGCUGGGCCGCUUGGUUAACCGAAGCGCAAAUGUCCCCAAAGACCUUCUCCCCUGGUCAUGCCUCUUCCAUCCUCCGGUGCAGCUGUACUUCAUUGUCCGAAAUGCCAGCCUGUCAGGAGACUUUGGCCUAUCCAGAAUCAGGAUCUGGAAUUACAACUCUACUGUUAAUGGUGAUCUGAACAUCGGAGCAAGAAGUAUCAUUGUAUAUGUUGAUGGGUGUUUAAUAUUUGCUGGGGAGCUGCAGAAGGGCUGCUUAGCUCAUGAUUCUGAUGGCAGCAGCUGCAUCUCCAUUGAUCUCCCAACAAACAUUCCCCUUCCUCCAAAGGGAAGGGCAGAAAAAGGUUGGGCUCCUGCAGAUUUGAGUGAGGAGCUUGACAACUGGAAGCUUUCCAUGAAAGAAAACUGCCUUGAAGAAACGGAGAGAACCAGUGAUCCUGACAAAUGGGAAAAUUGUCUCCAAUCAAACCUAAAUGCCAGGGCAAACAUCAGCAGCCUUGUCUCACUGGAGACCACAAAGUAUAUCUCCCCUGAGGAGGACAGUUCGCUGAGUGAGAAAAUGGAAGAACGUUCUCAGUCACCCAGCUUCACUUCCCCUAGUAUUCUGUCCUCUCCUGAGGCAAAAGGGGAGAUACAAGUUAGCUCUGAAAAGCAAAAACUGCCCCCUUUGGGGCUACAGGUUCAGCUGCCUUCAGAGAGCAUUAAGAGGGGCUGCCUAAAAACAACUGAUAGGAGUCCUCAUCUCUGUCCAACUGAGCAAAAGCAAUCCAACAAUGAGGCCCCAGAUGCAGGUGAGAGACCCUCAGAGGAGACUCAGGAGCCCAUCCCUGAUUUGGACUUUUUGAAACCACUGCUUUACAAAAACAGUAGUACAUCUGAGCUGCUUCCCCCUGUUCAAGAUCUUAGAGAGAAAGAGAAGGAAGAAUUCAACCACAUCUUAUGUAGAGAGGAAGCCAUGCUUGACAAAGAGGAGCCUCUCCCUGCCAAGGGUAGUACAAGGCCCUCAAGGGCCAAGUGGGGCACUUCUCAGGAGUACAUGCUGCAGGAAUCGUGGAAUUCGUUGUUGAAAUUCAAUCGUUCACAUCGUGGUCGAAUCUCCAAUAUGGAUUUCCAGGGUGACAUUUUUGAUGAGUUUCUCCAACAGAAAAUUAGCCGGCAAGAAGAUCAGAAGCUCAGGAUAAAGGACAGUACACAGGGGCUGCCAACACAGAAGAAGGGCAACAACUGCCUAGACUUGGAGGAUGAGAGCGAUUUUAAAAUCCCUGUCUUGCCUUAUGGUCAGCACUUAAAAAUUGAUAUCAGGUCAACCUGGGGAGACAGACACUACGUUGGUCUGAAUGGACUCGAACUCUUUAGCUCGAAAGGUGAACCCAUCCAGAUCGUAAAAAUCACAGCCAACCCACCCGAUAUCAACAUCUUGCCUGCAUAUGGCAGAGAUCCCCGGAUUGUAACUAAUCUGCUGGAUGGAGUGAACCGGACACAGGAUGACAUGCACCUCUGGCUAGCUCCCUUCACUCCAGGAAAGUCCCACUGUGUUUGCCUGCACUUUGCAAAGCCAUGUGAGGUAGCCAUGAUUCGCAUCUGGAAUUACAACAAGUCUCGCAUCCAUUCCUUUCGGGGAGUGAAAGACAUCUCCAUUCUCCUGGAUGAACGCUGCAUUUUCCAAGGAGAAAUUGCCAAGGCUUCAGGGACACUUGCUGGAGCUCCAGAGCAAUUUGGAGACACCAUCCUGUUCACGACUGAUGAGGACAUUCUGGAGGCCAUUUACUGUUAUGAUGAGUCCUGUGAGGGGGAAAUCGAAAGCAGGUGCAACCUGAGGUAUGAGGAAGAGCUAAAGAGGCCAAGAACUGCUGAUGGAGAAGGGGAUGAGAGACCUUUCACUCAAGCUGGUUCCAGGACAGAAGACAAGCAGAGCCAGAAGCAAAUUGCUGUGUCAGAUUCCAUCUCCGAGAUCAUGACAAGCAAAGAACGUGGAGUCUACUCUGGAAAAUGCCUGCUACUGAAUUUCACAGCUUCUUGGGGAGAUGUGCAUUACCUUGGACUGACAGGGCUUGAAGUGGUUGGAAAGGAUGGCCAAGCAAUCCUGUUCUCUGUGGAUCAGCUCUCUGCUUCUCCUCAGGAUCUCAAUGAUCUUGUGGAGUAUGUGGACGAUUCAAGGACCUUAGAUAAAUUGAUUGAUGGAAAAAACGUCACCAUGGAAGAUAACCACAUGUGGCUCAUUCCCUUUUGCCCUGGGGAAGAUCACCUGGUGACCAUCCAUUUCACACAAGUAGAAAAUAUUGUGGGGCUUCGUAUCUGGAACUAUAACAAAUCUCCUGAGGACACCUACCGAGGGGCAAAGGUGGUCCACGUGUGGUUGGAUGGCUGCUGCAUCUCCCCUCCAGGGGGCUUCCUUGUUCGCAAAGGACCAGGCAACUGUCAUUUUGACUUUGCUCAAGAAAUCCUCUUCAUUGACUACCUUGUGGGCCCCAUAGUUGCUCCGGCACAUGAGCGGAGUGAAGUGAAGAAGAUGGAGCAAGCCAGUAUGGAUUACGAAGCACCGUUAAUGCCCUGUGGUUUCAUCUUCCAGUUCCAGCUGCUCACAAGUUGGGGUGAUCCAUAUUACAUUGGUCUGAACGGGCUGGAACUGUAUAACGAAUGUGGGGAGAAGAUUUUUUUAAAUCAGAACAACAUUGCAGCUUUUCCAGACAGCGUCAACAUACUGGAAGGAGUUUGUGGAGACAUUCGAACACCAGACAAGCUUAUUGAUGGCGUGAAUCAUAGCAACGAUGGAAGGCACAUGUGGCUUGCACCAAUUCUGCCAGGCCUGGUGAAUCGAGUUUACAUUAUCUUUGACUUGCCAACUACCAUUUCCAUGAUCAGGCUAUGGAAUUAUGCAAAAACUCCCCAGCGAGGAGUCAAAGAAUUUGGACUCCUUGUUGAUGAUUUGCUGGUGUACAACGGCAUUCUUGACAUGGUGAGCCACCUGGUACCUGGCAUUCUUCCUACUUGUGACCCUCUCGUUCCAUACCACACCUUUCUCUUUACGGAGGAUGAGAAGAUCUGCCGGCAAGAGAGGAGCAGCAUGAUUCGCAACCAGAUAGAGGACCAGGAUGUGCGGCUGACGAAUGAGAGCCAGCUCAUGUCCUCUUCCAGAAAGAAGCAAAAGGGAACUGCUGAUCCAGCUCUUCGUCCUAAAACCUGCAUUCAGGAUAAAGGACCAUUGCGGAGAACGAGACCCUGAGGAAAGAAAAGCGUGGCUAGCAUCCCACAGCCUUCUGCUUGAGCCAUUUUGCGUUUGUUGUCCACGAAGAGGGGGCAGCCUGCUCCACUGGCAUCCAGUCCUCAACCAGAAUCAUGGGGGGACCCUGGGUGGGAAUGAUGAUGUUGGUGGUGCUGCUAAGAUCAUCAGAACUCAUCUGCUUGUAUCACCUGCAGGUUGAUUACAGCUCUCUUUGCUUCUGCCUUCACAUGAGAGGCUUUGGCUGAACUCUAGCAGGUUUGUGUUACAGAAAGAGGAUGCGCAACACCUCGGGCUGGUUCAAAAGCUGGAGGAGGAGGGCAUUGUUUCUUCACUUUCACAGGAAGCAUUAGGACGCCUUUGCUGACUGGUGGGAGAGAGGGUGGGGGAGAUGAGAAUGCCUGACAUGGGUGCAGUUAGGACACAGCUCCCCUUCCCCCUCGUGUGUCACUGACACAGGCCCAUCCUGUAUUUCUCCGCAAUUGCUGUGGUUUCCAGUGGUGCAGAGGAAAUAUCUCAGCCACUGUGGAAAUUAAAAGUGUAAAAGUGAAGGGGUGCCACCUUCCCCAGCCAGCCCAAAGGAUCUCCUGCUGCAACACCAACUAAGGCUGAAAGUGGGCAAGGGCUAGAGUCACAGCCAAGUGCAUCUAGGAGAAAGGGCAGCUGCGAAUCCGUGUCCAGGUGCUCAACUGCCUAAGGCAGCCCCGUUUCUAACUUGGGGUGAGCAGAGAGGCUUGGUACCUUUCUUUGCAAUUCUCAUAGGCUUGCCUUCCAUCUUUGGAGGCAUCUCCAAAAACUGAGCUGAAAGGCAGAAAGUGCCAACUGCCUCCUUGAACAGCAAGCGCCUUAUCAAAACGUGUCCAAUUGCAGCGUAUUGAUUGCUGGCAAGUACCAGGUCCUUACAACUGUUGGUGCUACUCUGGUGUUUGUCACACAGUACACACAGACCCAACUUCGGUCUUUUUUGUCUCAAUAGCCUCUUUUGGCUCUCUGACUUGUUCCCCCUUGGCUAGUGCAAAGGGUGCCCAGGGAGGCUGCCAUUUGACUUUGGCAGGAAGAUGCAAGCUCGGCAGUCCAUUAGCUACAGAAGCUGUGAAGCUGCCCUUCUUGCUUGCUGGCAUGCCACCAUAACCCAUUUCUGCCACCUGUGGCUUGAGCACAGGGCCCAAAAGCUGCUCCUACAAAGAAGCGGGAUCCACACCUUGAUCUCUUCAUCUGAGUAAAAGGACGUUUCCCCAGCCCCAUUCCUGCUCCCUUACUGUGGCAACUUUUGAAACUUGGCCUUGGCAAAGCCUCUGCUCAGCCUUCAAAGGCAUUGCCUCCGAUGCCCAGAGAGAGGUACGAGGGCAGGACUUUAUACCCACCCCCAAAGUCUGGACCUAUUUUGAAGGGCCACAGGUUCACCUUGCCCAGAUACAUCUUUCUUUAGCAGGGAACUUGGGUCUGCUUGUAACGGAGAUGUCUUGCACACAAUAUGUGUUUUGGCUGGCCUUUUCUCAUUAUAUUAGAAGCAAUCCUGUGGUUACAGGUCAGGCUUAGAAUGUUACAGAUGAUGGAGAAGUUAAACCUCAACUUUUGUUGACAGGCAUUAUCCCAGCAUCAUAUGAGAUUAUUCUUGGGCUCCUAAAUGCUGUUGAAGUGGAGUGGGAAUGGGAAGCGGGAUGGUCAGUGGGUUUUAAUAACAGGACUUAACGUAAUUUUAGUAGCCUAGCAAGGAUUAUUUUUUCCCACAUUUUCAACAAUAAGAACACUAAAACCUCUCAGCUGAAACAAAGAAUCAUGGUUGAGAAAAAAGUGGAAAGAUCCAGUUUUGUGACAAGAUUGAUUGCUCAGUGCUAAGAAUAAAUUCCUGGCUUUGAAAUACUGUUUACCCUGACUUUUCAUGA